GCGCUGUGUGCGCGCUAAAAAGUAGUUAUUUGCUGCUCAGUUCUCUUUAAAAAUAAAUGAAGUAUAUUUUGUUACAACAAGCAAGAAUAAUUCAUCAACUUUAAACAACGAACUUAUAAAAAUCUAAAAUCACUUUCUUAAAAUAUUACAUUUGGCUUCACUCGUUCGCUUAGUAUAUGACGAGCGAGAACGAGGCACAUUUUUGCACAUAAAAAGUAAAGAAUACAAGCUAUUAUACAUUUGGAAAGGAAAAAAUGUUUUCAACUCGGAAAGAGGUGGAUGAGCAUGUCCACAAAAUGUUUUCGAAGGUUCCACCUGGAUCAGAGCGCGACAUGAAGGGUUGGGCUGUUGGCCGCUUGUAUAGCAAAAUACAAGAAUACUCAAAGGCUAUUGAGCACUUGAAUGCGUUUUUAAAGGUCAACGAUGAUGCCGGCGCCCAUAAGCUUAUUGCUCGAUGCUAUAAACAGAUGAAGAAUCCGGAUUAUCAAAAGGCUUUAGAUCAUUAUCAGCGCUCCAUUCAGUUAAAUCCGAAGCAACCUGACGUUAUAAAAGAGUGUUGCAAAUUACUUAUUGAACAAAGUAACCUUUGCAAUCCAGACAGGGCCUCCUUUUGGUUGGAGUUGGCCAGCAACAUAGAAGAUCUGCACGAAAGCGAGUUGUUGCUUGCUCUACGCAUGCGCGCUACAGCCGGCACAGUAGAUUCGGCAGAGCAGAAUAAUUCGAUGGAGCUGGUUAUUAAAAAGGAGCUGCUGUCGCAUCCGAACAACGCCUUAUUGCAGUUGCGUCUGAUACAAACAUUCUUGGAAAAAAAACGCAUCGGUGAAGCCUUCAAUUAUGCUUACAAAACGGAAAUUGAAAUGCCUGCUCAGUCUCAGUCGACUGAGUGGUACGAUGCAAUUUGGAUGGUGCUUCUCAAAUGCGAGUCAAAAGAAACAUCCAAAGAUUGGCCAUUCUGGCAGUUAUUGCUUAUCACCAUCGAUCGGCUCCUUCAGCUGAACCUCCAGUCUGAUACCAAAAGCAGUUUGGGGGAAAGCAUUGCCCAGCUCUUUAAGUUUGAUCAGUAUGUACACAAAUUUAGUCUCCUUGGCGAUCAGCUAUCGGUUAACGGCGGACAUGAGCUGCACCAGUACUGCCUGGAACACUACUCUGGACAAUUUCUUCUACACGCAGUAACGGUCCUCUUUAAACGUGAAAUGCUAGGUAACAAAAACAAAUGGUUCAAUACGGUUCGUGCAGCUCUACCUUUGCUGUUACUCGGAUAUCAACAGAAUUCAAUUAAGGCAAAAUCGUCUUACUGGCAACGUCACUGUAACAGUGUGCAGCAGAAGCUACUAGAGGUUUGGCAGAAUCAAGCCGCUUUUCGUUGUGCCCAGUUAGGGCGAACGCUAUACGGCUGUGUGCAAACUGCAACUAAUGAUGUCGGUAAUCAAUUGCCAGGCCUUUGGCCGAGUAGCGCUGAACUAUUAGCGACAGUACGGCAACAAUGCGCUGACAGCCAAUGGCGUUCUCAGCUCUAUCAACAGUUAUAUACGCAUCCCGAAACCAAAUUGAAGGAAAAGACUUCCCAUUUGGUGCGUCAUCAGAACCUGCAGCAACCACUAUAUGAAUGGCCAUCAAUCGCCGAGAUUGAGGAGUACGAACAGAUGGCACUUCAGUUAGCUCCACCAACUCUCGAACACCAUGUUUACUUAGCGCUUAGUGCAGAGAAUUUGGCUGAGGCGCCGCGCGUGCGCUUCUACAAAGCGUUUCGACGAGAUUCUAAAAAGGUUUUGAGCAACUGCAGUGUGGACACUCUAAGCCAGCUGGAUGUUGACAUAUUUCUGUAUGCAGUUGUGUUACAAGCACAGCGUAAGCUGCAGGUCCAGCGGGAUAGUUACGAUAGCUCUCAUGUGGGCAACCGCAAUGCGGCCGACCGCCCGUUUAUGUUACCCUUCGCAAACAUAAUUGGACGGAACGAGUUGAUAACGACGGAGCAAAACACCUGGUGGAAUGUUAUGCAGCGAAUCCACGAUAAUAUAAAUAUUGGUGAAAACUAUCGCGUUGACUAUCGCGAUCAACUCCAAUUUGGUCUAGAGGUGAUACGUUGCCAGAAUGAACCACACAUUGAGAUAAUCAUGCUAUUGCAGCUUGGCAAGUUACUGGCCAGUCGUGACGAUGCUUCUUAUUUGGAACAGCGAAUAGAGGCAUUUUAUAAACUGGGCAUAAACAUGAUGAAACGUCAUCAAGAACAUAAGCUGGAACCAUUUUACAGGUACUUCAAGUAUUUAAAUUCUAGUGCAAGCAGCGUCUGGACGCAGAUCGAGAAGUUGGCCGAAGAAGCACUUUCAUAUCUAAGCAGACGGUCAGCUAAAGUGGGAAAUUUGCAAGAAUUUGUGAAAGAUAUACAUGGUCUAAAGCUGCCAAUGGCCACUUAUCUGCAAGCGGAGUCCUAUCGCCAGCUUGCAGACUCCAGUCACACCUCUCGUGUAGCGCGUCAAAAUUUUCAGGAUCGACGCAUUGAAUGCCUGAGAGAAACUAAAGCUUUGCUUGGUAAUAAUCAAGAUCAUCCUCUGAGCUCUGUGGUGCAGCGUGAACUAAAGGUUUCUUUAUCAGACGAACCCUAUAGUUCACCUGAACAUCAUAAUAAUUCAAGUACAUAUGAGGAUGCAGAGGAUGAUUUUUAUACUGGAGCUGCAAAUGCUCUGAAUCGCUCGCACAAUAGGUCGAGACGCCAAGCGGAGUUGCAGGGGAUCGCUACCUUACAGCUCGAGCACACAAUAAAAGAGCUCAGCAAGCAAUUGGAUAUGCUUAAGGUUGAUGUAGGUGGUGGAAUGGAGGCUAUGCGACAGGAAGUUAAAAUGUUAUCUGACAAAUUUGAAAGUCUUGAAGAGAUACUUAAAAAAUCUAAGAUAAAUAGUACUGAAACUCAAUCACGUGAUGUUGACGCUGCUGCAGCUGCGGCUGCACUCGGUCUUGAUGAGUUCUUAAAUAUGGAUGAUGCGAUCCAAACGAAUUACCUGAAUUCUGCGCCACCAACUCAUAACGCCCAAGAGCGAUUCUUUCCGUCAGCUGGAAACGCUGCUCAUUCGAAUGCAGCAUAUGGCAGUCCAAUGUUUAAUCAGAAUCAGAUGUACAACUACUUUGCUAGCCAAGCUCACUUUAUGAGAACGCCUCCGGCGGCAAAUAAUAUGCCACCUUCUUUCUAUGGACCACGUCCACCGGCGAAUUUUGCAGUGCCGCCUAAUAUCUACCAAAAUCCGCAAGGCGCGCCGUUUAUUGAGGGCCUGAAUUAUGGAAUGGCACCGCCGCCACCCAGCUUGGUAAUUCCGCAAGUUUCGCAGACGCAGUUCAGCCAACCUCCAAUGUCAUCGAAUGCAAACUUUUUCAACAGUGCACAGUUUGUGCCUGCGUCCGGCCAAGUUCAACAAAAUAUUGUGCAAGCGUCUCAACAAAUAGCGCCAUCGGUGCCAGCUCCUCUAACGCAACAAAAGCCUAUUUCAGCGAUAACAUCAAUUUCACAAUCUGCAGCUGCAGUGAUUCCUUCAAUAUCGACAUCUGUGGUAGCACCCCCAACUUCUGCGAAUCUGUCUGCUGCACCUGCGGGUCCCAUUACAACGACUGCCACGUCGGUUACUUCCGCCACUGUGAUAUCCGCAGCUCCAGUGUCAGUUCCAUCGGCUGUUUUUAAUCGCGCCCUCAAUAAUCAACCCGUGGAAAAAGAGCCACCAGCUAAUGUUGUUAUCACUAGCUCUGAUCCACUUCCCAAAACAGCAGUCGCUACUGCCCAGCCUACACUUAGCGUCACCAUACCGCCACAGCACAUUAAGCCCAGUUUAGUACAGACCACAGAACCGCCUGCUGUUGCCGGCACUGAUUUUACUUUUAAUCUUGGCAAUAACAACGUUUCUGGCAACAUAUUCAGCGGGCUUUCUCCAUCUACGUUUUCAUUUAAGACACAGGUUGCACAGGCGGCGGCCGAGAAACAGAGAGAAUUGGCUGCGGAUGCAGCCAACGACAGCGUCGGUAAUGAUCCAAACAGUAGUAUUGGAGCUGGUGAUGCAUCAGCUGAGCUGGAUUAUGAUCCGCGACCAGAUUUUCAAGGCAUCAUACCGUUACCAGACGAAAUAGAAGUGCGCACUGGUGAAGAGAAUGAAAUUGUUGAAUUCAGUCAUCGAGCUAAACUGUUUCGACAUAUUGACAAAGAGUGGAAGGAACGCGGUAUUGGUAUCAUCAAAAUUUUAAAGAAUCAAACGAAUGGCUGCACACGUAUUUUAAUGCGUCGUGAUCAGACCCAUAAGAUUUGCGCAAAUCACAAGAUUACUUCGGGUAUGACUCUUACCACACCAGAGCAGGACAAGGAGGAAAAGUCCUUCCUUUGGGCAGCCAACGAUUUUGCAGACGAAAAGUUAAAGCUGGAAAAGUUUCUUGUGCGCUUUAAGCUGGCUGAGACAGCCAAAGAAUUUAAGUUGGCAUUUGAAAAGGCGGAAAAAGACGCAGUAAAAUUGGAAAAAAUAACUGCCGCAACGAGUCUCGCCAAGAGUAGCGUCGCUAACAGCUUUGUGACUAGCACACCGGCAACAAAUGCGUUGGCCAAGCAAACAGAUUCAGCUAAGUUGGGUGGUACUCAACCCAAAACUGAUGCUGUAGUCCCCAAGACAUUGUUUGGUAAUUUACCCAGUACAACAAACACUACAACUACAACCUCGCCAUUUGCCAAUUUCAACUUUGGCAAUUUGGGUACUAAGCCACCAGCUGUUAAUUUGUCCUUUGGCAGUGUGUCAGCUGUAGGUGACACUAGUACUACAAGUACUAAUAAUAACACGGCUUUUACCACGGCCUUUAACUUUGGUGGCAACCUCUUCAGCAAACUGGAUAACACACAGAAAAAUCAGCAACAAACAACAACAACAACAACACAAUCGCAGCAAAUUAAUUUAAAUCGGUCGAACGCAUCGGACGCGGAUGGUGAAGAGGAAUAUGUGCCGACAGCACAAUUUGCGCCUGUGAUUCCAUUACCGGAGCUUGUCGAUGUUGUUACUGGCGAGGAGGAUGAAUUGGUACUAUUCGAGCACCGCGCUAAAUUAUUGCGCUUUGAGAAGGAAACCAACGAGUGGAAGGAGCGAGGAUUGGGUAAUAUUAAGAUAUUACAAUUGAAAACUGAUCCAACUAUUGUGCGCUUGCUCAUGCGCCGCGAACAAGUGUUCAAAUUGUGCUGUAAUCAGCGUCUUCUACCAGACACUAAAUUCCAAUAUGCAAAGAAUUCGCAGAAUGCGCUGACUUGGGCAGCACAGGAUUAUGCCGACCAAGAGCCAACUACAGAGUUGUUAUGUGUGAGAUUUAAGACCGCCGACGUGUGCAAAGAGUUUUAUGACACAAUACUUAAGGCACAGGCAGCUAUGUCACAAAAAGACUCCAAUCAAUUCAAACAGAUUGAGAAAAAUGUAAAUAAGGAUACGGAAAUCAAAGUUCAAGGCUUUGGGGAUGCUUUUAAGCCGAAAGCCGGAAGCUGGAACUGCCAAGGCUGUUAUACCGUUAACGAUGCGACGCAGCUUUAUUGUUUAGCCUGCGAAGGUCCCAAAGAUGACACUGUUCCAGCUAAGUCAUCAGCAUUGGGACAGAGUGGGGCUCUAAAUUUAAGUAGCAGUGCCGGCAAAUUCACUUUUGGUUUUGGCCAGAGCACUGUAACACCAAGCUUUAAUUUUGGUACAAAAGCGACGGUGGAGAAAGUGCAACCUCCAGCUGAACCUGUUACUACUACCGCAAAUGCAAAAUUCGCUACUAAUUCUAGUGAUGGUAUAACGAGUACUAAGCCAGAUGCACCCAAUGUUUGUGGCUUCGGCGAUGCAUUCAAGCCAAAGACGGGUAGCUGGAAUUGUAAUGAUUGUUAUACUCUAAACGAUGUAGCACAAUUGUACUGUGUGGCUUGUGAGGCACCGAAGGAUGACAGCGUGCCAAAGAAAGGCAACAAACUUGAAGGAGGAGGCUUCGAAAGUUUUCUAGCUCCUUCAACCGCCAAGUUUACUUUUGGUUUUGGAGCGCAACCUCCAGUGCCAACCACUAAAUCAUCAAUCAUAGAGUCAAGUGCAUUGCCCAGUAAAAAUACUGAGGGUAGCAUCUUUCAAUCAUCCAGUUUUAGUUUUAAGCCAACGACAGUUACAAACAGCAGUUCUUUGGCUUCUAACACAUUUAGUUUCUCAAUGCCAAAGACACAACAGCAGCCUAAGAGUCCCACAGGAAAUAUGGGAGGAGCCGAUGUAAGCAAUGAUGAUGAAAACAAUUUAGAAGACGAGGAGAAUAAUGCAUAUUUUGCACCCGUAAUUCCGUUACCGGAUAAGAUUGAUGUAAAGACCGGCGAGGAGGAUGAAUUUCUGCUCUAUGUUCAGCGUGCCAAGCUCUAUCGCCUGUCUCAGUAUGGUGAAUGGAAAGAACGUGGGCUGGGAAACGUAAAAAUCCUUCGUCAUAAGGAGACCAAUAAUCUGCGUGUUGUUAUGCGCAGAGAACAAGUCCACAAGAUUUGUCUGAACCAUGUGCUCAACUCAUCCGUGAUCUAUAAGCCCAAAGAUGAAAAAUCCUGGUUGUUUGCUGUGCACGACUUUAGUGAAGGCGAAUCUGUAUUGGAACGAUUUGCUUUGCGCUUCAAGAAUGCGGACAUCGCGCAGGUAUUUCAUAAUACAGUAAAAAGCGCGCUCAACGGUACCGCCCCGCCUAUUACCGAGGAUAAUAACCAGCAACUAGAGCAAUUGAGUGCCACUGAUAGUAAACCCAAUGAUGAUCAUCCUGUUGUUUCGGAUGAAAUUAAGAUGCUCGCAGAAAAACUGAUGCUCAGCUGCGAGUUUCUAACUGCAGAGUCAACUUGCAGCGGUUGUCGUGGUUGCGAGCCAGAAAAGUUUGAUUAUGGACAUCCGCCAAAGUUUGAAGGAGCGCCUAAUUCGCUUCCACUGACAUUACCCGCCUUAAAGUUACCUACACCCAAAAUACAGGAAGAAGCUCAGGUGCAAGAUGGAUCGUUAUCCAAUCGAGGCUUACUUAAGGCAAGCUCUCUAUUAACCAACAACACUUCAGAUAAAUCGGGUAGUUUUGGUGGUUUUAGCAAUGCUGUCUCCGCAAACUCUACAGCAGCCACAGAUGCAUCUUCUAAGGUAACUACGAAGAAGCCGGACGAUGUCGGAAGUGGUUUCGUUUUCGGAAACCCUGAAAAAGUAUUUGGACACAGUACAUCGCUGUUUGGCGGCAACACAGACAAGACGCAUCAGUCUAUUUUUGGAGGCUUUAGUGGUUUGGAUAGCAAGAUUAAUAAUCAGACAACUUCGAUAUUUAGCAAUACAGGAAUACCUCAGGCUGCCAAUCAAAACGAAAUGUCCAAAUUAAUUUUUAGUCCAUUCGGAGACAACAACUUAACAAAGCCGAACAGUAACAUCUCAUCCGGGGCUACUUUUGGCGGCAUCGCUGGAUCGAGUGUGGCCCCCUUAUUUGGCAAUCAAACGAAAGAUAAAACCAUCUCAUUUGCGGACAUGGUAAAUAACAAGGAUCAAAUCAAGGAUAACAAAGAGAAUAUUGCGGAAACUAUUGGAACGAAGACGGGCAUCGGCUCUAUUACAUCUGAUCAAAGCAAUAUCGAUUGUUUCUCUGGCUUGGCUGGGGGUGAUGAUUUUGCAAGUCUGGCAGCCAAGGGAUCCAGUAAUCCGAUUGGGUUUCAAAAGUCGGAGUCUGGCGGUUUUUUUGGAUUAACACACCAAGAUGCGUUUAAGAACUUCAAAGCGUCGUGCAAAACAUCUACACCAACAGCAACACACGACAACAGUGUCGAAAACGUUAAUGACGAUGACAACUACGAUCCGCAUUAUGAACCCAUCAUUGCCUUGCCCAAUGAAAUUGUGGUGAGCACGGGGGAGGAAAACGAGGUGAAGUUGUUCGGUGAGCGCUCAACGAUAUUUCGCUACAAUUCGGAAUCCAAAGAAUGGAAGGAGCGCGGAGUCGGCGAGUUGAAGAUUUUAAAGCAUAAGGACUUGAAUACUUAUCGCAUAAUAUUGCGUCGUGAGCAAAUUUAUAAACUGGUAGUCAACAUGAAGAUAGGUGAAACAUUCACCAUGGAGUACAUGAACGAUCAAAAGAAAAGCUUCAUUUGGGCGAACUUUAACUAUGCCGAAUCUUCCGAAGGGGUAGUGGAACGUCUUGCCUGUCGUUUUAAGAAGCAAGAAUGGGCCGAUAAAUUCUUUGAGACUAUAAAAAUGUGUGUAGCCGACGCGAAAGCGUCUCAUGCGAGAGAAGGGUCUCAGCAAAAGGAUGAAAUUGUCGAACCUUGAAUUAAUACUUAUGUGUCCUAAGCUUAAAACUAAUUCAUUGUUAUGUAAGAUUGAAAAGUAAUUAAUAAAAAUGAAAUGAAUUCAUA